UCUAGUUGGGACACCGCGCUCUGGCAAUCUGGUUGAAAAAGUUCUACACCGUACGUUUUACGCGGAUAAUACGAGUUGUAUGCGUUCGCGAAGAGCCACAGAACAACGAACGCCCGCCCGCCCAUCACCAGGCAGCACAGCACAGCCGUCAUCUGUGAAAACAAAGCAAAAUACAGCAAUUUGUGGGAACGUCUACGAAGCAAAUAAUACACACGUUUUGUACACACUACGUGUGUAUGUUUGCGUGUUUAUGGGCAUACGCAGCGUAGAAGGGAGGAAGGCACACUUGGAAUCGCAUUUUAAGCGCAUUGUGUUCUGUCAUAUCGCUUUGGAUUUGAAGUGCGGCGACCAAUUGUGCAUGCAAUUGCACGACGAAGCAGCGCAACGGCAACAACCACAUAGACAACAACAAUAAUAAUCACAAUAACAACAACAACAAUAUCAUCAGCAGCGGCAGUCGCAGCAACCAAAACGAUAACGUUGCAAAAGUACACACGGUGUUAUAAUACAAUCAGCCACGACGACGUCUACAACGGUGUCAGCCGCUCCGGCGUUCGCAUCGGAUACGCC